AUGGCCAUUCAUUUUUGUAUGCUAUAUUUUGUUUGCAUUGUAUUAUUGACCCCGUUUGGGGAAACUGGUACUCCGACUUCAAGAUCUGAUUGGACGUCGCAUUUUGUGGGCAAUGCUACAUCUUUCGAUGUCAACACUUCUCCUGGUAUUGGUGACGACCUUGGAAAACGAGAUACUAUUCUGAUAGGAAAUCUUAUUUUUAGCUCGUAUCCAUUAUUUUAUGACGCAUGUGAGUUCGCACAGCAGGCAGUUAUAGAUGUCAACAAUGCCACUGACUUGUUUCCAUUAUUCAGACUCGAACUUGAUCCAUGUUUACCGAAAACAUCAAUGAUGUCUGCAAACAGCAAAUUAUGGGAUUACAUCAUUGGAGGUCGUAAUACACCGUUUAUAAUGAGUGCUUUUGCUGGCCAAGAGGCAACAGUACCCGUUUGUUCUACGUGGGGAUGUAUAGUG